GCCUGAAACACAGAGCGAUGCCCAGUGAUCGCCACCCACUUUCUCUUACCCUCAUAUGACUUUGAUCAGCCGUUGCUCAACCGUCUACGAGUCACUUUCGUCUUCCUUACCGCCGUCUUUAUUGUCUCACUCAAUCUUAACUCUACUGAGAGCUUGCAAAACCAUUCGGAACCUUGAACAAGUCCAUACCCGAAUCAUCCAUAAAGGAUCUGAGCAAGACCACUUUUUGAUUACCCAAUUCAUCUCUCUCUGCAACUCUCUGUCGCCGAACAUUGCUUACGCCACUAGCGUCUUCGACCGCGUCAUCCGACCCAAUAUCUAUCUCUGGAACACGCUCAUCAAAGGAUAUUGUGAAUACUCCUCUCUGGCCGAGUCACUUUCAGUUUUAAAGCGUAUGAAACAAAGUUUGGAAGUUGUUCCUGAUAAAUAUACGUUUCCUUCUUUGAUUAAAGCUUGUUCUAAUGUGUUGGCAUUAAGAGAAGGUCAGACUGUUCAUGGGUUGAUAGUGAGGUAUGGGACCGACCGUGAUGUGUUUGUUGGGUCGAGUUUAAUUGAUUUUUAUGGCAAGUGUAGAGUGAUUGAGUGUGCUCGUAAGGUGUUUGAUGGCAUGUCUGUUAGAAAUGAGGUUUCUUGGACUGCUAUGAUUUUUGGGUAUGUCAACAUUGGCAAUUUAUUUGAAGCGAAUAAAUUGUUUGAUGAAAUGCCCCAAAGAAAUCUUGCGUCAUGGAAUGCUAUGAUCAGUGGAUUUGUUAGAUUUGGUGAUCUAAGGAGGGCUAGAAAACUGUUUUAUGAAAUGCCUGAAAGGAAUGUGGUUUCUUUCACGACGAUGAUUGAUGGUUAUGCAAAGACAGGUGACAUGGCGUCUGCCAGGUUGUUGUUUGACGAGUCCCCAGAGAAGGAUAUUUUUUCUUGGUCUGCAUUAAUAUCAGGGUAUGCACAGAAUGGACGACCUAAUGAAGCAUUGAACAUUUUUUUUGAAAUGCUGUCUAUGAAUAUCAAGCCUGACGAAUUUAUAGUGACGAGCUUAAUGUCAGCUUGCUCCCAAGUUGGUAAUUUGGAACUGGCUAAGUGGGUUGAUUCUUAUUUAAUCCAAAGCUCAUUUGAUCUUUCUCGCGCUCAUGUUGCUGCAGCUCUUAUUGACAUGAAUGCAAAGUGUGGGAGCAUGGAGAGAGCAGCAAUGUUAUUUGAGGAAAUGCCCAGACGGGACUUAAUUUCUUAUUGUUCUAUGAUACAAGGGCUGUCUAUUCACAGCCGUGGUGCUCAGGCUGUUGGUCUCUUCAGUAGGAUGCUUAAUGAGGGGCUCAUUCCUGAUGAUGUAGCCUUCACCGUCAUCCUCACAGCUUGUAGUCAUGCAGGCCUUGUUGAGGAGGGUUUGUGUUUCUUUGAUUCCAUGGUGAACGAUUACUCUUUAGUUCCUUCUCCUGAUCACUAUGCAUGUAUGGUCGAUCUUCUUGGCCGUUCAGGAAAGCUAAAAGUAGCUUAUGAGCUUAUAAAAUCAAUCCCUAUUGAACCUCAUGCUGGUGCCUGGGGUGCACUUCUUGGGGCCUGUAAGCUGCACUGCGACAUUGAAUUAGGGGAGGAGGUAGCGCGUCGACUUUUUGAGCUUGAGCCUCACAAUGCUGGUAACUAUGUGGUGCUAUCCAACAUCUACGCAGCUGCAGAUCAGUGGUUAGAUGUUUCUCUUUUGAGGAGCAAAAUGAGUGAGAGGGGGAUUAGAAAGAUACCUGGUUGCAGUUGGAUAUAGUUCAUGAACUGCGGUCUAAUGAUGCCUUUCUUUACAGAUGGCUUCGGUUCAAAAUAUUUAAGCACAUAUUGAUGGAAGGGUUCCACUAGUCUUUUGAAAUGUGUGCAAGGCAAUGUGCUCUCUUGUCUGGUGGGAAAUGCUGACAAAGAAGAUAAAUUGCUUCAACAUAUUUUACAUAUUCUUGAUGUGCAUGGAGAUGUUAUCGACCGAGUCUCAUGGAGCUAACUAUAAGUGACUAGGCCAAAAAGCCAAGUUGAACAAAGAAAAAGAAUUUAGGAAUUUCGUGCAAUUCAUUUUGUGAAUUCACACUGGUAGCAGUUGGUUGUGUGAAGUCAUGGUGGUGACUGAUUGCUUUGGCUUCUAUUUUUCCAGUUAACCUAUCAAACUUAAUUAGUCACCUGUAUAUAUGUAGUUUAUUUAUGAAAGAUGCCUUCAGGAACUUGACUAAAAAUUACUCAUGGAAAGUGCUAUAAAGACCAAAGGAAAAGU